ACAGGCGCCACGGCAAAAGAAGCCUACGGUGUACUUGUCUCCGGCCCCUAGCAGCAGUGGUACAAUUGUUCUUUUAAUGUCGGUUUGAGAAUCGUGCUCCUACACCUUUCAAUCUCUUCCCUUGGACACGGCCCCCGACCAUUCCUUCGUCUUGUCUGCAGGACAGCCACGACAAAUGCCAUUCGUUUACGGGGUCGUAAUCUUCUCUGCGAGUUGAGAUCUCAUCGAUCAUUAUCAUGAACCCCCUUGGCACGGGAGCGGAUACAGACAAGCAGUCAAGCAUCGAGAAGCCCUCGCUAGACCAAAGCAAAGACACGAGAGAUCUCGAGAUGAGAGAAGGGUCACGGACGACGGUUCCUCCAACGCCCUUGGCAAAGGACCUGCCUCCGAUGCCACCUCCAACGAAGCUCGACUCCUUGGGAGCUACCACAGGAGUUCCCACUAGCCCCUAUGAGCCACCCAACAGGCCACUUCCACCGAAACCUGUGAAGCUGUCACCAACUCCAACGACUCCCCAGCCAUCGAGACCUCCGCCAUCAAGGCCACAAGUUCCCUUGGGGAUGAACCCGCCAACAAGGCCAGGGACUGCGAAUAGCUGGAGAUCUGGGUCAACAGCCUCCUCCUCUCUCGGUUUCCCCGUCUCGACAACACCAACCUCCUGGACAUCGGGCGUUUCCAAGAGGCCCCUCAAGUAUGCCCAAGGGAGGUACGGACGUAUUGAGCUGGUCCCGCAGCCGAGCGACGAUCCGGACGACCCUUUGAACUGGCCGUCUUGGAGGAAAGAACUCCACUUUUACUCGCUCCUGAUGGGUGUUGCUAUGACCGGCGUGACCAAGACCAUGUUCAUGACCGUCAAUGCCCAAAUUGCCGACAUAUACAAAGUUUCCUAUACCGCUGUUGCCGCGUUGACUGGCAUCCCGCUCAUUCUUUCCGCCCUGGCCGGCUUAGCUUGCCUUGUGACCUCGAGGAUUUGCGGAAAGCGACCGCUCUAUCUCGUCUCGCUGCUAUGUUUGUUCAUCGGCACGGUCUGGAGCACCAGUGUCACCAGCAACUAUGCUCAGUGUAUGGCUGCUCGAGUCUUCCAGGGCCUAGCUUGGGGUGCUUUCGACACCCUCGUUUUGGGGUCGAUUCAGGACACCUACUUCGAUCAUGAACGUGGGCUUCGCGUCGCCAUUCACUCCAUCGUGGCCACCACGACAGUUUGGGGACCCCCGUUGAUUGGCGGUGCAGCUUCGCAGGGACCAUCCGGUUUCAGCUUACAACCCACGAUCCUGAGCGCCUUCUUCGUGGUUACGGUGCCCGCCAUCGCCCUCGGAGUACCAGAGACAGCCUAUGAUCGAACCCCCCCAUACCUCCAGACGCCCUCAACAUCCAACAGCGAGUUCAAGGGUUCUACCCCGCUGACGCCACGACGCGUUCCUCUCCUCGAGGCAAUCGCGGAUUACAUGGUCAAAUUGAAACCCAAGGCCUACAGCAGCAAAGCUGACCUUCGCACGCUGCUUCAAGCCCCGCGCGCCUUCAUCACCCCGACAACGACUAUGCUCGCGCUCGUCUCUCUGCUCCCCUACGGGUCCCUCUGGGGCUUAACCGCCUCCCUCUCCCUUCUCUUUUAUCCCCUCCCCUUCAUGUUAUCUCCGGCAGUCAUCGGGGUCAUCUUCCUCAGCCCCUUCCUCCUCUCUAGCGCCGCUACCGCCGCUACCGCCUUCCUCCCCGCGUGGCAAAACCGUUUCGCCCCAAGGAUGCACAUGGUCGCCAUCGCGGCGGCAUCUGCCAUUGGCCUGACCGGCCUCCUCACUUUUGGUCUCCACCUCAAUAAAGCCAUGACCCCUCCGCCGGAAGCCUCUCCCUCCGCCUCGGGCAACAUCCCAACCCCAGAGGAACAGGGCAGCCACACCGCUAUCAGGACCUCGGUUUUCGCCUUGUCGUACCUGGGUCCGCGCGCCAACCUCCCUGCCUGCUCGUUCGCUCUCGGCCUUCUCGCUGCCGCCGCCGCCCUCUUCCACGCCACCGCGGCGCCCCUCAUCCGCGCCAGUACCUCCUUCACCGCCGCCAACCUCGCCGUCGCCACCCGCAUCACGGUCGACAUGACCGGCGGCCUCGCCUUCUGGCAGGCCCUGGGCGCGGGCAUCUUUGUCAUGGGCACACCCAACGCCGUUUGGUGGUGGGACGGCCUCAAGGCGUUCUGCGUGGGAGUCGGCGCAGCGCAAGCUGCGGUGGCCGCCGCCGUGGGCAUCGUGUGGUGGUUCUGUGGGGACGCGAUCAGGAGGUGGGACGGCAGGGUCAUGGGGUUAGUUGAUCUAGAAGGAUUGAAGAGGGCGGGAAGUUUCUUCGACAUGGAUUGACUUGAAACAGAAAGGUGAGGUCCUCAGACAAGGCGGAUCGUGACUCAAGUGGUAAAAAGCUAGGGUAUGCUGGAUGCUUCCUGGAAUUUUUUUGGCGUUUCCGGUGGUAAGAAGGUGUAGGCAUUUGCUGGUUCUUGUUUGUCUUGGAUAUGGAUGGAUAUGGGAAUGGGCGGGACUCAAACAAUGGGGGAUCACGGCCGGUACUUGUCUUGAGGAGUGUAGUGUAUAUGAUGCCAGUCAUCAACAAUGUCACUUUUUCCGCACGGCUUGUAGGAACCACCCUGCCCUGCUGCUAGCUAGCCACCUGGCAAAUUAUACGCCGAACUCACCCUGCAUGUCCCUGGUCUUCCAUGAGCCGCUCGACAUUCGUGGCGUCCACAUGUAAUAGCCAACCUGGCUCGUCUGACCGGCUCAGUUCCCGCUGUUGGGAGAGCCCGGCGGAUAAGAGAGCAAACUAGAUGCUUUCGAACCUUAUUCCCUCCUUGUCCCCUUUCAUCUUUGGCGCGCCGUGGUUACCAAUCCCCACCCCACGCUGAGCCCUUAAAAAAACGUGGAAAGUCUGCGGCAGACACUAGACCAAGUCAGAGUGAGAAUUGGCGGACCAUUCGAACGAGAGUGAUGUGAGUGAACGCGUGAGGACACCCCGGGAUCACGGGGCCUUGUCCAACGUCACUCUGGCCUGUGCUAAGAGGUCUCGGGGGCAGCAACAAGAGCGCACGAUGGCGCGCAGGGGAGGUAGUGA